AUGCCGCCAUCCGUGAUGCGAGAACUUCCUCCGUGUCCCGAAUACUUCAACUUCACGCUUGACGUCGUUGAAAAAUGGGCCGCCCAGUCGCCAUCACUCCAAGCGAUGCUUUGGGUCGACCAACAUGGCAAAAGAUCAUUAUCUCUUGAUUUUGCAUACUUUUCGCGUCAAUCGCACCGCGUAGCUGAAUUAUUGACUAGGCUUGGAGCACGAAGAGGAAAUCGGAUGAUCAUCGUUCUCCCACGAGUUCCAGCCUGGUGGGAAAUUGCAACUGCUGCUCUUCGCAUUGGUGUCGUUGUCUGUCCAUGUCCAGUGCUUGCUGUAGCGGAAGACAUCAAAUAUCGUGCGCAGGCAUCUGGGGCGUCUAUAUUUGUCGGAGACAAUGUCACCAUCUCCAAGUUUAAAACUAUCCAGUCCGAUUGCACCAAUAUUCGAACAGUCUUGCAAGCAGCCGGGUCACCACUUGAGGAUGUACUCCAAUAUCCUGUAGAGCUAGACCAGAUACCAAGGAACUUUGUUUUUAAAGAUUCUCUACCAAAAACUAAGUGGUCAGAUCCAUCAGUAAUUUAUUUCACGUCAGGUACAACUGGCAUGCCAAAGAUGGUUCUCCAUAACCAAGUUUCGUACCCUCUAGCACACGCCUUAACCGGCAGCUUGUGGCUAGGAUUGGAACCUGGAAAGCUGUACUGGAAUCUUUCAGAGCAAGGCUGGGCGAAGGCAGCUUGGUCAUGGUUUGCUGCCUGGAACUGUGGUGCAGCUCUUUUUGUGCAAGACACUGCGGGACCCUUCAACGCUGAAGGCACUCUCGAUAAUCUACACAACUACCCCAUCACUACUCUCUGCUCCCCUCCCACUGCUUAUCGUCAAUUUGUGCUACCGUCAAGGCGCGAGUAUUUCUCUCAAAAACCUCCAAUGGCUCUAGAGCAAUGCGUCGGAGCAGGUGAACCGCUGAAUGACGAGGUAAUUCGAAUCUGGAAAGAAAUGAGUGGAAUCGAAAUUAGAGACGGGUAUGGCCAGACGGAAACAACCCUUGUUUGCGCAAAUUUGAAAGGGGCCAAGAUUAAAUACGGUUCCAUGGGACUUCCUGUACCUGGUGUGCCUUUGACGGUCAUCGAUGAGCAAGGCGAUGAAUCACCACCGUUACAAGAAGGUGAAAUUGCCAUUGCAACUACGACCAGUUCUGGAGCCAAAACUAUGAAUGUCUUCUCUGGCUAUCUAAGCCCAGAGGGCGAAGUUACGUUGCCACAGCGAGAAGGAAAGGCCUGCUCCUACUACUUAACUGGAGAUAGAGCUUAUAAAGAUGAUGACGGUUAUCUUUGGUUUGUCGGUCGAUCGGAUGAUGUUAUAAACUCAUCUGGAUACAGGAUUGGACCCUUUGAAAUUGAAUCUGUUCUCAAAAAGCACCCCGCCGUUGUUGAAUCUGCCGUAGUUGCUUCCCCAGAUCCUGAGCGUGGUGAGAUCGUUAAAGCGUUUAUUGUCUUGCAAGAAGAUUUUAAAUUUCUGGAUCCAGAGUCCCUCAUUGCUGAAAUACAGGCGUUCUGUAAGAAGGAAACAGCCCCGUACAAGUAUCCACGACGGAUACAGUUUGUAGAGCCUAGUUUCUUACCAAAGACAAUCAGUGGGAAGAUUAAGAGAGCAGAACUAAGGGCCUUGGAGAAGAAACGAGCAAUGAAGUUGUCGAAGAUAUGA